AUGCCGAGCAGGUCGCUCGAGGUGACCGCUCUUCUGGUUUUCCUGACGGCUGUGCACACGACGGGUAACCUGGUGCCGAGGAUAAGCUUCAAGCUUUGCAGCCGUUUUGGAUUGCAGGUUCGUACGCUGUUCGUGGGCGUGGCUUGCGUGACGUUCGUGCUAGCGCUGUUCGUACACGAGGGCGUGGUGGCCCUGCUCUUCGUGAUGGCUCUCGAGAAGAUGCUCAGCUGUGUGCACGAGAGCGAGCUCGACAGGACGAUCAUGGAGCACUACAAGGAGCCUGACAACCUCGACUGGCUCCCGCUACCGCUCCUGAUAAGUGGCAACGCCACGCCGGCCGUGGAGGGCGCGCACACGGACAAGCUUUUCGAUCAGCUGGCCAAGGCCGUCGUGAACCUCAACGAAGAAGCCGAGGCACAUCGUCAUCAGCGAGGAAGCAUCGUGGAAGAGGACAAGGAGCUGUGGGAAAUCGAGGCAACUACAGCUAUUCGCCACAAGGAUACGUCGCCUUCAAGAAGAUCCACUCGAAGUCGCGGCUCAAGAGGCAGCAUCGGCGGCAAACUCGCAAGCGUCACAACCACGAUUGGCGCUGUACUUCGGCGGGCUUCGAUAGCCGGACGACCGACUGCGGCCUCCAGCGGCUCCCCGAGGCAGACACGUACGAAUCGCUUGACGGCGUCGGAAUCUGCUUCUCCCAGGCACCAAGGCAAGGGCGCUACGAGUCCCCGGCAUGGUCCUGGGGUCAUGAGCAGCCCAAGGCCGAUAAAGUAUCCGCAGCGGCACAUUUCCAUGGCGGAAAGACAUGCGUCUCCCUCUCUCAAGAUAUGUGUCACGGCGCCUGAUUUGCCGGUUCCAGACCUGGCUGGUCAGCGCUCCACAGUGGACGGUGAACAGAAGAGGCCCAACGCGAGCCUUCCCAAAUUAACCAAGACCACCGGGUUAGGCAGCCCCGAUACAUUCAAGGUGGCGCCGAAAGACCCAGGUGUGACAAGUCCCAAGAAGCAUGUUGGCAAGCGGUCAUCCAAGUUUACGAGCAACUCUUCCUCGAAGGCCAAGCUCCUGGCUGAAAACAACGAUGCUGCGAUGAACAAGAGCUCUUGCACAUCACCGGGACAAGCCAAGGACGCCGCAGACGUGGUCGGCGCCGAAAGUGGAAACGUAGCAGUUGUGGGUCCACCGAAGGUUCAAUCGCCCGUCGCCAAAAGAAAAGAGAGACGCACCCGAAUCGACACAGCAGAAAUAGCAGUCGUCAAAAUAAAUCCGGAAGAUCUGUCUCCCGAAAGCGCCCACGCACAGCAGGACGUUGCCUCCGGAUCUGGCCCGUUAUCGAGUCCAUCGUCUUCGACCAGUCCUGGCGACGGCCAACCAGCUGUGGACAUACGGCGACCGUCGAUCCUCAAGGUACCGGGCACCCAUUCCAAGUCUAGGGUCGCGGCUAUGCUCUCCGCCGGAGCUUCCCACCUUCCGGAUGAUGACUUGAUGAGACGCCCUUCGACAGUCGACUUCGGGACCCUCGAGUGCCGCAUGCUUCCAGCCUCGCCGGAACACUCUGACGUGAAUUCGGAAUCACCGGAGCCGCCGUCGGCUACCAAACCUGGAGCGCCGGUCGGCAAGGCCCCGCCGACCCCGACGGGAAUCGAGCAGCCCUCGAUGCCGACGAGCGUUGCAGACUCUCGCAGCAUAAAGGUAGCGUCGCCGACUAAAGGACGGGGAUUCGGCAUCGGACGCCCUGUACCCGUUUCUUGCACAAAUUCACGGUCGUCGCCAGGGCUUGCACGACCGCUAACAUCCGCCUCUGCUGGCGACAAGGGCAGUAACACUGACGUCGUCAACAUACAGCCAGCAGAAGACAAGGAUACCAUCCGACGUAAAAACGCCAGAAACUCCAUGCGGGCGGCCUUCGUGCUGUGCUCUUCGCUGGUCACAGUGACCGCAAGCCUGUGCAGCGCAUUCACCAUCCCCUCCAAGGAAGCGCUCUUCGCGCACCGCAUCGUGAAACCCGGACCCCGUGGAUUUCUGAUGUGGUUUGUCCUGAGCACGCCUACGGCACUUCUGUCCACCGUCUGCAGCUGUCUGCUGCUCUACUUACAGCACUUACGCAGCAGCGAUGUCAUGCAGAGCGCGGAGGAUCACCGGAGCAUUUGCACUGCGGCGGCCAAGAAGUUGAGGAAGCUAGGACCCGUAAGCGGAAUUGAUUUCCUUCUGGUCUGCGGGCUCGUCGCUUACGCCCUGCUCAUGCUCAUGGCGCCGGUAUUCCACUACAGCGUAAAGGACAACCUGGUGGUAUUCGGAGGCAGUUUUCUGAUGAUGACCAGCGCGAUGCCUUGGUCGGCGAGCGAUUACUGGAGCCCGCAGAACCGCAUUGUCUGUUGGAGUGGAGUGGCACGUGACUUACCCUGGCCCGUGGUCAUCGUCCAGAGCGCCGUCCAGCUCAUCGCGCGCAUCGUCGAGCGCAACAACCUGUUGGAGACCGGCUUCGCGACGGUCGGCACGGAGUUCUGGGCCUCCAACUCCCGGCUGACCAACCAGGUGCUGUUCGGCGCCGUGGGCAGCGUAUUGGCCGAGAUGGACGACAACCAGUCUCUCGGCCCCAUCCUCAUGCCCAUCGUCCUGGACAUUGCCAGAGAAACCAGGGUGUCUCCUGUGCUGUACGCGGUCCCCGUCGCCAUGAGCGCGUCGUCCAACAUGAUCCUGCCCAUUCGGCUGUCGCUCAUCGUGGCGCACGAAGUCAUCGACGUGCCCAUGGCCCAACUGGCGCUCAUUGGCGUCGUGGUCAAGACUAUCAUUGUGGUCACGUCCAUCCUUUCUGUUAAUACGUUCGGUGGCUACCUAAUUUCCUUGGAGCCGUUGGACAGCAACGCAACCAUCUACAGCAACGACACCUAUCUUGCCUUUGGUGCAUGAUUACCAACUCCUCUCGCCAGAGGCCAGAUUAGUUCAUCCCGCCAUUUCGUUUUUAUUGUGCAGCAGGCUUCAGAGAAGAACUUCACUGCUGAAAUCUUAAAACUGAUGCGUCAAGCAGUAUCGGCUACAUAUGCCAUCAAAGGAGUGAUAUAUAUGCUUGCAUUUCUUUAUUGUUUUCUGGGGUUAACAGGGCCGUGCUAGGAAAACCGAACACGGGUGGACAAUUACGUUACGACAUUACUACGGUUGACGCGGUGAUGUACGGAUAUGUUAAAUUUGUCUUUAUUUACCCUCAAGCGUUCAAGUUAUAAUGGAGGGGACGUUGCGAACUGGAAUGUCACGUCAAGUAGAUGUGAUGUCCUGCAGUGAGUGGAUGACGUCGUGGGACUGAGUGCAUUAUUUUGCAACAUAGCAUGCUGCCGCAUACUCCUGUUCGCUGCACAUGGCAAGUUCGAAUGCGCGGUUUUAUGCUCUUUCGUAUCUGGUGAUGAUCAUGUGCUAUGUCUUUAAGUACUGAAGAAAAUUCUUUCACUAAAUAAAAUGACUAUGGGUCU